AAAAAAGGAAAAUUACAUUUGCAAUUUUGGUAUGGACGACGACGACUCACACCGUACCAAAAAAAUUCAUGGUUGUAAUUACCCGACAUUUAUUUGCAUUCAUUCCGAAGACUCACUCCUACACGACUCAAACACACAACUGCGUGUUCAUCAUCAUCAUCAUCAUCAUCAUCAUCAUCAUCAUCAUCAUCAUCAUAUAAUAUUUAUCUUUGAAUCUCUCUAUGUAUAUAUCCUCAUUGAUGCUAAUUGUCUUUUAACCAUUGAAUUCCAAAACAUUUUCACAACCAUGGUUGCUGUUGGAGCUAGUUUCUUCUCCACCAUUUUCUCCCCGGUCUUCCACGGUGAGCCGCGGUAUCAAGCAUUGAAACUGAAGUAUGGCGGUAUCCUGAGCAAUAGCAUAGCCCCGCGCUUUGCCAUGCCCGUCAACCGAAUUUCGGAGAAGCAGAAAGAGAGACGGAGUGGUUGGAAGGAAUACUUAAAGCAAUCCAAAAAGUUGAUCAAAGCCGAUGGUGGAGCACCGCGGUGGUUUUCGCCGUUGGAGUGUAGUUCGCAGGGGGACAAUUCUCCUCUCAUGCUCUUCUUGCCGGGGAUUGAUGGUGUGGGACUUGGACUUAUUUCACAUCAUCAGAAUUUGGGAAGGAUUUUUGAUUUGUGGUGUUUGCAUAUUCCGGUGGCGGAUCGAACAUCAUUUACAGACCUUGUGAAAUUAGUUCAGAAAACAGUUAGGUCAGAAUAUCAACGAUCACCAAAUAGGCCCAUAUAUCUUGUUGGAGAAUCUUUAGGAGGGUGUCUCGCGCUGGCUGUUGCGGCUCGUAACCGUGAUAUUGAUCUCGUACUAAUUUUGGCAAACCCAGCAACUUCCUUCAACAGGUCCCAGGUGCAACAUCUUACACCGUUGUUGGACGCUUUGCCUGGCACAUUCUCUUCUGUCCUGCCUAACAUUCUCAGUUUGACAGAAGGCGACCCUCUGAGAAUGGUGUUGGAUAAUGCUGUGAAAGGAAUUCCUCUACUAACUGCAGCAAGAGAGUCAAUAGAGGAUUUUACUACUUUCUCAUCAUAUCUUCCUGUUCUUGCGGACAUAUUGCCAAAAGAAACACUUUUGUGGAAACUAAAGAUGCUCAAGUCUGCUUCAGCAUAUGCUGAUUCACGCCUAUAUGCUAUCAAAGCUCAAACUUUGAUACUUUGCAGUGGAAAUGAUCAGUUACUACCUAGCCAACAGGAAGGUGAAAGACUACUUCAGUUACUGCCUAAAUGUGAGCUCCGUAAAUUUGAUGACAGUGGCCAUUUCCUUUUGCUGGAAGGCAGCAUUGACCUGGUAACGGUAAUCAAGGGAACUUUUUACUACCGUCGUGGCAAGUACCAUGAUUAUGCUUCAGAUUUCAUACCGCCUACACCAAAUGAAGCCAAGAACGUUUUUGAAUCAUACCGAUUGCUGAACAUCAUCACUAGCUCUGUAAUGCUUUCAACUUUAGAUGAUGGAAAGAUUGUAAAGGGCCCUGCUGGAAUUCCUUCAGAGGGGCCUGUUUUGUUAGUUGGGAACCACAUGCUGCUAGGAUUGGACGUGCUUCCCUUGUUUUCUCACUUUUUUAGAAAAUGGGACUUCCUUGUUCGAGGAAUGGCACAUCCCUUAAUGUUUAGGAGACAAAAAAGUGGAAGAUUGCCCGAAAUAUCUUCUUUUGAUUCAUUAAGAUUAAUCGGUGCUGUUCCUGUAGCAGCAUCUAACCUUUUCAAGCUUUUAUCUUCCAAGUCACAUGUCCUAUUAUUUCCUGGCGGGGCACGCGAGGUUUUUCAUAGGAAGGGUGAAGAAUACAAAUUAUUCUGGCCUGAACAAUCUGAGUUUAUCAGGAUGGCCGCCAAAUUUGGAGCAAAAAUCAUACCUUUUGGUGCUGUUGGUGAAGAUGAUCUUGGUCAAGUUGUGAUUGAUUAUGAUGACUUGGUCAAGAUUCCUUACUUUAGGUCUGAAAUAGAAAGCCUUACCAAUGAGGCUGUGCAGUUGAGGACCAGUGUUGACGGUGAGUUGGCAAAUCAACAAUUGUAUUUGCCCGGAAUUUUGCCUAAAAUUCCAGGCCGGUUCUACUUUUAUUUUGGAAAACCUAUUGAAACAGAAGGAAGGAAACAGGAACUUAUGGACAAGAAGAAGUCUCCAGAAUUAUAUUUUGAAGUGAAAUCUGAGGUUGAGAGAUGUAUUGCAUAUUUGAAGGAGAAACGAGAAAGCGACCCAUAUCGAAAUAUAUUGUCUCGGUUAUUAUAUCAAGCUACAAAUGGCCCUACAUCUGACAUUCCAACAUUUGAAAUUUGAUUGUUAUGCACAAAGAAUAGUAAGUACUAAUUUAUCCAGAAAAUUUAGAUUAUAGAGGAAAAUAAUGUAAAUUUUCAUUAGUUUCAGGCAGUGCUUUUCGGCCAGAAUGCAAAUCAUGCAAUUUUUUCUAGUUUGAAUCAUUAAAGUUGUAUGUCUAUUUCCCAUUUCAUUUUGUACUCAUGGACCAGUGGAAGGGAGGAAUCAAUCUAGAGAUUUAUAAAGGUAGAGUGUUUUUCGGGGUGUCCGCUACCUAAGUAGCAGACGAGUGUAUUUUGGUAAAUUCAUGGGGCGCGCGAGAAAAUGAGUAGGGUGGCAAAAGAAGAUCUUAUCAAUGUAUCAUUCUAAUUUCGCACUUUGCCUCAUCAUGCGUUAAGGCAUUAGAUGCGUUAAGGCAUUAGAUAAUAGAUUCAAGAUUUAUUAGUACUUUUGAUUAUUCUCUAUUAUGGUUGAUUGAGUUUCUUUAUUUUUCUACUUUUCCUUUCUGUGGAAGAUUGAACCUCAUAAUUGUGAAAUACAAGUCAUUUAUUAGUCAAGCUGGGGCCAAAGCAGAAUUCCGUAAAAUUAUUUUCUCACAUUGAUGGUUUUUUUCAUGUUCAAAUAUUUGAGGUUCAUAUUA